CAUGACGAACCAUCGCUUUCUGUGUGUUGUGUUCUCUGCACAGGCCUCGGUGCUCUGCGCGUAACAGCAACGCCGCUCCGCGGCCCCGAUCAGGAAGUGAAUUUGAAGAAAAUAAGCGACUGUGGAGGUAGAAUGACAUAGGGAGCGGGAGGUGGAAGAGAAGCAAGCGGAAAAAGGAGCGACUAACAGAGGGAAGAAUCGACCUGCUUUCUGGACCUGUAUUGGGCUGUUAUCCCGGGAUAUACUGCACACAAAAAAUGCUUAUAAAGGAAUAUCGAGUGAUUCUUCCUAUUUCCGUGGAAGAGUACCAGGUUGGCCAGCUGUACUCUGUGGCUGAGGCCAGUAAGAAUGAGACGGGUGGAGGAGAAGGAGUGGAGGUGCUAAAAAAUGAACCCUAUGAGAAAGAUGGAGAGAAGGGACAGUACACACACAAAAUAUACCAUUUGCAGAGUAAAGUGCCAUCAUUCGUCAGAAUGUUGGCUCCAGCUUCAGCUCUCAAUAUCCACGAGAAAGCCUGGAACGCGUACCCAUACUGUCGCACAGUCAUCACUAAUGAGUAUAUGAAAGAUAACUUCUUGAUCAAGAUUGAGACAUGGCACAAACCUGACAUGGGACACCUUGAAAAUGUACACGGUUUGGAUGCUGAAACCUGGAAGAAAGUGGAUGUAGUCUAUAUUGAUAUUGCAGACAGAAGUCAAGUGGAACCAAAGGACUACAAGCCUGAAGAAGAUCCUUGCAAGUUCAAGUCAGUAAAGACAGGACGAGGACCUCUAGGACCAGACUGGAAGAAGGAACUGCCUAACAAGAAAGACUGCCCACACAUGUGUGCCUACAAGCUGGUCACUGUCAAAUUCAAGUGGUGGGGCCUGCAAAAUAAAGUGGAGAAUUUCAUUCAAAAGCAAGAGAAGCGUUUGUUCACUAAUUUUCACCGCCAGCUGUUCUGCUGGAUUGACAAAUGGAUUGAACUGAACAUGGAAGACAUACGUCGCAUGGAGGAGCAGACACGUAGGGAGCUGGAUGAGAUGAGAGUGAAGGACCCUGUGAAAGGGAUGGUCGCUCUAGAGGACUGAGGCUGUAUUGGACCGUGAAUGCUGCUGCUCAUCAGAUCAGAAUAUCUCAGAACACCAGCGUGAUUCGACAUCCUCCUUUUUGUCU